AUGGCGACUAUAUUUCCACGUCGAGCUGGCUUCGUCUGUCGCUCGUGCCAGAAGCUUUCUACAGUGCAAUCUAACCGACGACAAUUCAUAUCGCAAGUCGCGAAUCCCACAAAGCAGGAACCCAUCCUCCCCAAACCGCGCAGGCGCAUAUCCGUGCCAUUGACAAGAAAAGCUACUGCCCCUCCUUCAACAGCAGAGUCCUUAACAGACGGCGGCAGCAAGAGCAGCGACUCUCUAGCGUCAAGGCGAAAUGCACAGGCAGAGGUCAACAGUGGUACCUCGACCGAAACCUCAUCAAAGAAUCUCGAUCCUGCCCGCAGGCUCCAGGAAUUCCGCAAAUUCGUCGCACAGAUACAGUCGAGCAAUGCGGCAGCCGACAAAGACGAUGUCCUCGAAGCAUUGAUGGAUAUGUACGAGUUCGCAGGUGUGCUGGUGCACGGGGGAACGGGCAAGAUGCCGGAAGAGAUGGCAAGGACAACCACACAGGGCAAGGAAAUGGGAGAUGCAUUACUUCGAGAUCUCGCCGAAGACAAGGCAUCCGGACUGCACACUGUCGGUGUUGCAAUCGACUCAUCUACUAUCUCUAACAACAAGCAAAUGUCCCUCUCCUUCCGCGAAGAUGCCGCAAAGCGAGUCUCCCAGCUCGCGUAUGACCUCCUCCGUGACCCCAAGGUCUACAUCACAGAAGACAUGCUCCAGAUGUACGUGCGCAUCCUGUGUCUGUUGGGGAGACCCGAAUACCUGCCCGAGAUCUUCCACCUCUACGCCACGAAGCAGAUCCCCGCCGCCGGCAGCAAGCCGGUCAAGUACUCGAGUCCGUGGCCGAAACUGCCCAAGUACGCGGUCCCGCUCGACCUCGCUGAAGCGGCCCUCGAAUCCGCCAUCCUGAAAAAGAAUCUCCCGCUGGCUCUGGCAAUUAUCGAUACAACAGUGGGCGCGCCAGCGUUUCGUGCGAACAAGGCCCUCCGUCGAGGGAGUGUACCCGGCCUGAUCAUCGGCGCGACACCCUUGAUCGCAUACGCCGGCGCGGACUGGGUCUCGCACUGGCAAAACACGAUGGAUGUCGAGAUGGCCAAAUACACUGCCAUCGCGGGCGCCGUGGCGUACAUCGGGACGCUAAGUACCAUUGGCUUCGUGGCCGUCACGACCUACAACGAUCAGAUGCAGCGGGUCGUGUGGCGGCCGGGCACGCAUUUGAGCAGUCGGUGGUUGAGAGAAGACGAGAGGCGGUUUUUCGACCGCCUGGCUCUGGCCUGGGGAUUUCAGGAGGAGAGCCGAUGGGGUGAGGAGCAUGGUGCCGAGUGGCAGAGGUUGAGGGACGAAUGUGGCCUGAGGGACAUGAUUCUCGACAAGACGGAUCUGAUGGAGGGCAUGAAGUGA